AAGAGGAAGCUGAAAGUCACUAAAAGUGUUGUUUCAAGAAUGGCAUAUCCAAACACACAUCAAGCUUUCAUCAGGGUUAGGAGUACUGGCUGGCGAGGACAAUGUAUUUCAAAGUAAAUAAGGCAACUCCUGAGUUAGCACAGCCUCUGUGUUCAUAAACACACAUUAUGAGGAAACAUCACCUUUCUCAGGCCAGCUGUGAAUCAUUAGUGUGAACCAUGUGCUGAGAAAACAAAUGGGCUCCACUUCACCCAAUUCUGUAGGAUGACACAGGGCUAUUGGCUAGAUGUACGUAAAACACUGUCUGUUAAUCAUUGUAGCUCACCUCGUUACUUGUUUCCAGACUUUCUUCUAGUAGUGACAUCCUGUGCUCAGCAGAGUUACUGCAUGUCUCACACGACUGCAAAAGGAACUCCAGCACCUCCCCAGUGUGCUCGAUGCCAGGUGUGAAAAGUUUCUGUGGGUGUGUAUUGUGUGUGUGCAUGUAUGAAUGCAUGUGUUUUGGACUUGCUGUUAAGGAGCAAGAAGUGGAUGUAGGUGCAGCUUCCAUGGCUCAGGAAAAGAAGAGAAAGAAGACAGCAGGAGUGCUUCCUCCAGAUGGCGGCUGGGGCUGGAUGAUCGUGGCCGGCUGUUUCAUGGUCACUGUCUGCACUCGUGCUGUAACAAGAUGCAUCUCCAUCUUUUUUGUGGAAUUUCAAAUGCAUUUUGCACGUGAUUACUCUGGGACAGCAUGGAUCCACUCGUUAGUAGACUGCACCACCAUGCUGUGUGCUCCUCUGGGCAGCCUGCUUGGGAAUCAGCUCUCAUGUCGUGUUGCUGUGAUACUUGGAGGAUUCCUGGCCUCUAUUGGAAUGGUGCUUAGCUCUUUUGCCACCAGUUUAGAGUACCUCUACCUCUCUCUAGGUGUCUUAACUGGACUUGGCUUUGCUCUCUGUUACACACCAGCCAUCGCUAUGGUUGGCGUUUAUUUCUGCGAGAGGAAGGCUUUGGCUUAUGGUAUUGCUAUGUCUGGCAGCGGCAUCGGCACGUUCGUGCUGGCCCCUGUGGUGCAGCUACUGAUUGAACACUACUCUUGGCGCGGUGCUCUACUUAUCCUGGGAGGCUUGGUGGCCAACCUGUGUGUGUGUGGAGCUCUGCUACGGCCUAUCACUCUCAAAGAAGAGGAAGCCGUCCCCUUACCAGUGGACUCCGAGUGUGGAUACAAUUCAGCACCUCUCACAACUGAUCAGAAAGAGACAAACAGCAAAGAGCCGAAAAACAGCAAGGAACGCUGCAUGCAUUUCAUGCAAGACUACCAUUUCCUGCUUAUGCCUGACUUCCUGGUCUUGGCAGGCUCCUUCCUGUUCCUGGCUAGUGGCUGCAGCCUGCCAUUUGUUUACUUGGUGCCCUACGCCCUAGAUGUGGGUGUCAGUCACCACCAUGCUGCCUUUCUUAUGUCUGUUUUAGGCAUCAUUGACAUUGUGGGCAACAUUACUUUCGGCUGGCUCACAGACAGAAGGUGCCUGAAGAAAUACAGGAGCAUUUGUUACAUGGCUGCUGUGGGGAUGGAAGGUCUCUGCUGCUUCCUCAUUCCUCUCCUACAUACAUUCGCCCUGCUGGUGCCCUUCUCAGUGCUUUAUGGCUAUUUUGAUGGUGCCUAUGUUGCCCUUAUUCCCGUGGUGACAUCAGAUGUAGUGGGGACCACAUGCCUGUCGUCUGCACUUGGUGUUGUGUACUUCCUACACGCUAUUCCCUACCUGCUUAGCCCCCCUAUUGGAGGCUGGUUGGUGGAUACCACAGGCACCUACACAGCAACGUUCUUCCUCAGUGGCUUUGCGCUUAUCUCCAGUGCUCUCCUGCUGUGCGCCAUCACUGUGGUCCGCCACUGCCAGAGAAUUCAGAGGAUCUCCACACCAGAAGCUUGUGAAACCAAACAGGCAGAGUUUUAUACUGCAAAAAUCUUAUAGUGCUGGACCUAUCAUUUAUAUGAUCUGUUAUCUUUUAUUUUUGUACAAAAUGCAGGCACAUAAACUUCAGUAUUUUUUUUCGUGUGUGUGCGUGCAUGUGUGAGUGUGGAAACAAAUGUAAUAUUACCAGCACAGUUCCACAGUCUCAAAUCCCAUUAAUGUGCCUUUUCUAUCUGGUAACUUUCUGUUAGAUUGUUAGAAUAAAUCUUUCUAGAUUGUAAAUGAAAAGUGACAAACCCCAUUUUCAGAAAAGUUGGGAUAUUUUCCAAAAUGCAAUAAAAACAAAAACCUGCCAUUUGUUAAUUCAUGUGAACCUUCCUCUAACUGACAAAAGUCCAAAGAAAAGAUUUUCAAUAGAUUUACUGACCAACUUGAUUGUAUUUUGUAAAUAUAAACAAAGUUAGAAUUUGAUGCCUGCAACACACUCAAAUUUAGGACAGAGUCAUUAUUACCAUUGUAUUACAUCAACUUUCCUUUUAAUAACACUUUAAUCAUAUGGGAGCUGAGAAUAUUAACUGUUGCAGUUUUGCAAUUGUUGUCCAUUUUUGCUUGAUACAAGACUUCAGCUGCUCAACAGUCCAUGGUCGCCGUUGUCUGAUUCUCCUCUUCAUGAUGAGCCAUACAUUCUCAAUAGGAGACAGAUCUGGGCUGGCAGCAGGCCAGUCAAGCACACGCACUUUGUGUCUGUGAGGCCACACUGUUGCCUGGCAUUGUCCCGCUGAAAUAAGCAUGGACUUCCCGGGAAGAGACAUCACCUUGAUGGCAACAUAUAUCUCUCCAAAAUUAAAAUAUCCACCUCUGUGUCAGUGGUACCCUCACACACAUGCAACUCACCCAUGCCGUGGGCACUGAUGCACCCCAUGCCAUCAUAGAUGCUGGUUUUUGCACCUUUCUGUGAUAACAAACUGGAUGGUCAUGUUCACCUUUGUCACGGAGAACUUGAUGUCCAGUAUUCCCAAAAACAAGCUGAAAUGUGGACUCAUCUGACCACAGCACACGUUUUCACUGCCUUUUGGUCCAUCUGAGAGGAGUUCAGGCCCAGAGAAAUUGGCGGUGUUUCUACAUAGAAUUAAUGAAUGGCUUCAUCUUUGCGUAAUACAGUUUCAGGAAAUUUUGGUACAAAGGGGUGAGCCAUGACCCAUCCUUUCUUGCAAAGACUGAACCUUUUGUGCAUGCUCCUUUUAUACCCAAUCAUAAUACCCUUACCUUUUUCCAGUUUACCUGCUUAUUGUGGAAUCUUCCAAAGUAGUGUUACUUGAAUAUCCUAUAAACUUUUCAGUUUUAUUUUGCCUCUGUCCCAACUUUUUUGAGUGUGUUGCAGGCAUCAAAUUCUAACUGCAUUAAUAUUUACUUGCUUUUUGUAUUUUGAUACAACUGAGUUGGAAAGUAAAACUAUUUAAAACCUUUUACUUGUAUUUUUGUCAGUUAAAUAAAGGUUAAUGUGACUUAAAACAGAUUUUUUUUCAUUGCAUUUUGGAAAAUAUCCCAACUUUUCUGGAAAUUGAAUUUGUAGUAACAGAAAAGGUGACUUAGAGUUGGUGCAUAUUGCAUCAAGUUUUUUUUAAUAUAUAAAUAUAUAUAUAUAUAUAAAGUAUGUGUCCAAAAGUGUCAUAUAAUGUUUUACACUAGUAUCAGUGUCCUUAGGUAAAAAUAUUUUCUUAUGAACAGAAUUGUGCAAGACUAAAUCAGUUUCAUGACUUUUCUUUAAGUAGGCAAGACCAAGAUUUUAAUUUACAUCAGUCAGCUUGAGCCCUGUGAUGACCUGGCGACUUGUCCAGGGUGUACCCCGCCUUUCGCCCGUAGUCAGCUGGGAUAGGCUCCAGCUUGCCUGCGACCCUGUAGAACAGGAUAAAGCGGCUAGAGAUAAUGAGAUGAGAUGAGAUCAGUCAGCUUGGAAAAUAAAUUAGUGCCACAAGAGGGCAGUGCUGAUUUAACUCAUUUCAGUCUUGGUUGAGUGUUGGCGGGGCAGUACAGUGGUGUAGGGGUUUGCACUGUUGCCUCACAGCAAAAACGUCCUGGGUUUGAGCCCAGUGGCUGACAAGGACCUUUCUGUGCGGAGUUUGCAUGUUCUCCCUGUAUCUCUGUGGGUUUCCUCUGGAUGUUCUGGUUUCCCCCAAAGGCAUGCAAUUAGGUGAAUUGGCUACUCUACAUUGACCAUAGGUGUGUAUGUGAAGGGUUGUUUCCCAAGACGAGAAAUGGGAGGGUUGUGGCAAGAAGGGCAUUUGGCAUAAAACUAUGCUCCAAUUAAUAUGAGAUGUGGAUCAAUAGGGUCCACAUGGACCCUGGCCUGAUAACAGUGCUGAAAAAGUCUUGAUUGUUGGAAGCUGCCAUGUUGUCACACAAUGUUCAUGCAUUGACAGAUUAAGCAGUUAGAUAAGAGCUAGUUUUACAUAUCUGUAUUUGAUGAAAGAAGAAAGAGUUGAGCCAUUCCACCGAAUCGGUGCCAUUUCCGUCCCUAGAAAAUUAUAUGUAUAAAUGCACAUAAAAAUGUACUUUAAAAUACAUUUCCUUAUAACACAGAACGUCCUGCACAUUGAUCUGAUUUCAAAUUUAAGAUAUAUAAUUGUAAGGAUUAAUAAAAACUACCUAAAACACUGAAAAAUAGCAUGUGUUACCUGUCCCCGCACUCUAACUUUAUACUUAACUCUGAAAUGUCAUGAUUAAAAUCCUUCAGAAACAGUAUUUCUUUUGAACUGUUGUGUGACUCCAUAUCCUAUCCAUGGCUUAAAUAUUAUUUUUUUCAUAAGAAAUCCACAAUAUCUUAGUUAAAAUACACAUUUUAGUCGUGUCCCUGGGUUUUCACUCAGUCCUGUUACCCAAACAUAUUACCUCAUCUGACAAAUUUGGAACAUUCCAUAAAUCACAUGCUCAACAGGAAGUUACAUCAGUUGUGUCUUCUGAAGGCCAUGGGAAGACCAAAAGUUAGUUCUCUCAUUUACUUUUCUGUAUAUUUGAUUAUUUUUUAACUUUGACUGAUAAGGUCAAUGUCAACAUACUGUCCUGUUACUUAAAUUAUUUCUUAGAUGAUAUUUGUUUAUUUUAAAAAUACAGAUUUUUGGUAAAUCACUAGAAUGUGCUAAGUGUGGUCAUGCUAUUAGCGAUGACGCCAUGUGGCUUAAUUCCAUGUAUUAGCUAAUCCUAGGCUAAAAACUCAGUCCUGUUACUUUCAGAGUUUUGGUAACAUGACUGAAAAAAUGCAGCCAUCUUUGACUUCCAAACCUUGUAACGUAGCCUGAGGUUGACCAAUACACAUUUUGAAUAGUUAAAUACUGUAUGUGUGUUAUUAUAAUCAGUGUUGAAAAGAUAUAACAAAUUAAGUUUAAUUUGGGAGUGGUACAACAAGCAAAUGGCACCCAUUCGGUGGAAUGUCCCAGUUACAAUGUCUUUUAUAAUAAACAUGUUUUAACUUAUGGUUAAUAAAAGAUUAGCACAGGGAAAUAAAUCUUCUCUACUGAUCCAAUGCUGUUAUCUUGAAUGGUCAUUUAUUUCUGUUAAAUUAAUAAAGUGUACAUGUUUAACACUG